AUGGGAGUUACAGAGGGAAGAUUAAAAGGAGAAACAGCGAAGAAGAAUGAGAAGUGGAAACAAUCUUCAUUAAACAACUUUAUGGGCUUAAGCAAAAGGAAGCUGGUGGAAAGUGAAGAUGAUUUUGAUAAUGAGGAACAAUUAAGAGUAAAAGAACUUGAAAAUAAUAUAGAGGCUGAGAAGGCGCAGGAAGAUAAAAUAAAGGAGUUGUUUUGUAGAUACAAACUCAAGGUGGAUAAUUUAAAACGCGAAGAUAAGGUAAUUGAGGAAGAUGUGGCGGAACUUAAGAAGGGACUUAGAUGGGGAUUAAGUUACUUAAAGUUGGAGGAUUAUAGAAGGGGUCAGAAAGAUGCAAUAGAGAAACUAGUAUGUGAAAGGAAGGAUGUGGUUUUAAUACUUCCAACAGGAGGAGGAAAGUCACUGACUUAUCAGCUACCGAGUUUAUUGAGAGAGUACCAGAAACAAGUUAAAGUGAUUCCUUCACUAAGUAAAGGAAUGGUAACUGUAGUAGUAAGUCCUUUAAUUGCUUUAAUAGAGGACCAGAUCAAUUCUCUUAGAAAAUGGGGGGUAAAAUCAAAUGGGCUUAGUUCAACAAUCAUUCAAAAAAGUGAUCCUUCCCAGAGCAUAAACAAUGCAUUAGAAGAAUUAUAUGCAGAUUUGGAGAAAAAGAUACCAACAAACAGUAUUAUAUAUGUGACACCUGAGAGCUUUGGGACAGAAAAAGUACUUGGAUGCCUUUAUAAAUUGUAUAUGAACGGCAACUUAUAUUGCUUUGCAAUAGACGAAGCCCAUUGCAUAAGUGAGUGGGGCCACGAUUUCAGAACUGCUUACAGACGGCUUAAUCAAAUAAAAAACAUCUUUUCAGAUGUUCCUAUUUUAGCAUGCACUGCCACAGCCUCACCAAAGGUACAACGGGAUAUCAAGACUGUAUUGAAUUUGAGAGAUCCUUAUAUUUCCAUUAAUUCUUUCAAUAGGCCAAAUAUUCACUAUACUGCUUAUAAUAUUGAUACAAAUGAUUAUUUGACAGAUUUAAGCCUUGAAGAAAUAAUUUUGAAUGGGGUUUUAUAUAUGCAGGAAUACUUUAAGAGAUUAGAUAGUAAAGAAACUCCCAUAGGAAUUGUAUACGUGAAUUCAAGAAAGUCCAGUGAACAUCUUUCACAGUACUUAUCUAACAAAGGAAUCCCUAGCAAAUCUUAUCACGCAGGAUUAUCACUAAAAAUUAGAACACAAAUACAAAACGAGUGGCUUGAAAAUAAGAUUCAUGUUUUGGUUGGGACUAUUGCUUUUGGAAUGGGAGUUCACAAACCAAAUGUUCGUUUUGUGAUUCAUUCCUCAAUUCCAGAUAGUAUUGAUUCAUAUUAUCAACAGAGCGGAAGAGCAGGAAGAGAUUCUAAAUUCUCAAAAGCUAUGCUAUUUUUUAGCAAAAAAGACAUUACUUGCUUGAAAUCUAUAAAGAGAAAGUCUUUGCAGUACUUAUUUAUGAAAUCCCAACAGAAAGCCCAACAGGCUUUUGAGAAGUUUCAAGAUAACUUACAGUCUAUUGUGGAAUUUGCUCAGUGCAAUAAUUCGGAAUAUCAAGAAAUUGAUAGCUACUAUGAAACAGACUAUUACCCAGAGAAUACUAUUGAUAAUAAUAAUGUAAAUAGAUCUUCUAUUAAUCACAUUUCUGGAUUUAAUUCUAAUUUAAAACCACAAGAUCCAAGUAAUUAUCAGAUCAGAAUCAAUAAGUAUGGACAAUGUAGAAGGAAAUUUCUUCUUGGCUAUUUUGGCGAAAAACUUAGCAAAGAAAAUUACUCUUGCUCUUAUUAUAUGCCUUGCUGUGAUGUUUGUGAUUCCAAAGAUAAAAAACAAGAUAAACAAGAAUCUUUCAUGUCUUUUGUUUCGUCCAAGAUCCACAGGAAAAAUUCUCCUUCAAAGUUAUUCAGCAAGGAUGAAUAUAUUAAUAGUUUCAGAAAUCAACCUUUUAAACAGGAGUUCUCUUUUGAAUAUGACCAAAUACAAGAACUAGACUUUGAUUGCAUACAAUCCAAUAAAGCCGGACCUUCCAGCUUUUCUUCCGCAUUUAAAAGUGCUAAAUCUUUUCUAAAAGUUGAAUACAAAGUUUCUAAAAACAGCUUCCAAAGUGCACUGAAAAUGAAUAACCAGCUUAAAAGUAAAGGUUUAUCUUAUCUGGAAAGGCUUGAAGCUUUGGAGGAACAAGAAGCAAAAAGUGAAGAAAAGUCAAGUACUCUUAGUAGCAAAUUUAAUAUUAUUAGAAAUUCAUUAAAAAAAAAAAGGAAUUAG